UGUUUGUGAUAAUAAUGUUAAAAUGUACCUUUUUUAUGUUAUUUAUAUUUCUAAGGGUCGUUAGUCGAACAAUAGCUGAAGGAUCUCGUGAUGAACUUGAAAGAAAAUAUAAAUUUUUAGUCGCAAUAGAAUUACAUGGAAAUCAUGUUUGUUCAGGUACAAUUGUGCAUGCUGCAUUAAUCGUUACAGUUGGUAGUUGUUUAAUUCGAUCCAACGUGCCAACCGAUUAUACAAUACGAGCUGGUCCAAUCAUUGUAUCCAAUUUACAUGUACACAAUAAUACUGUAUUUAAGAUAGUUGGAUUAAUAUACAAUCCAAAUUUUGUAUGGAUGGGGCAACAACGCAAAAGGAUUUAUGACGCAGCAAUUCUUGUGUUGUCAGAACCAUUAGUGUUUACUGAUAAGAUUGGUAAAAUAGAAUUACCAGCAGAGAGAGAAGAUAUACACCCUAAUACAAAAGCUUUAGUUGUUGGUUGGAAUGGCUAUCGUUUACAUGUUCAAAAAGUCAUAGUUUUGAGUAAUAUGGAUUGCUAUUUAAAGAAUAAGAGGUUUGGCGCUAAUCUCCAUGACUAUCCAGUAGAUUCACAAAUAUGUGCUAAUUCAUUUGCAAAAUGUGAUAAGGACAUUGGAAUACCAUUAAUUGCCGAUAAUAAGAUAUACGGCAUGUAUUCAAAUCAUUAUCAAGGCUGCGAAAGUGGAUCUCCUCCAAUGUUCACAAGAAUGUCAAAAAUUCGAUCAUGGAUCUAUACAAUUAUACGCCGCUACGAUUCCUUGAAAUAA